AUGAGAAAGCCUAUAGAAAUUCGCUUAGCUAAAGCAAAACAUGCAAGCUUGCAGUGUGGCCAAACCUCUCGUUUCAAGCGCACUGUCAUUCGAAGUCCCAGCCAAUCACUCUCAACUUCCUCAUGCCAAUACACGAUUCGACGUUAUAGCAACAAUGUUUGCCAAUUACUCGUACAAUUUCAACGUUUUGAGUUGCCACAACCGACAGCGGACUCCAUUACGAACACCUUGACAUGCACAGACUCUUUUACAGCUGGCCGUUUUACCUUAUGUGGCGACAAUACCGGUCAACACAUUUACUUGCCAUUCACUGCGGAUGCCACAGUACUAGAUUUUAAUAUUCUAUCGCGUUCGACACAAACCGCUUGGCAUUUGAUUGUGGAGCAACUGGAGUGUCCACCUUCGCAUAGUCACCUAGCUGACGGGUUACCGCCACUCAUCGGCGGCGUGGUGAAUAAUCUGCUGGACUGGCGUAACCUGUUUUCGCGAUUUAUCAAUGAUUUAGAGUUGCUGGCACCCGCUGGCUGUGAUCAAUACUACACUAAGCCAGAAGGAGUCAUUAGCAGCUUCAAUUUCCGCGAUGGCAUAAAUACUUACUACAUGUCCAAUCUGAAGUAUACGAUUUGUAUUAAGGCCGCUACGGGUGCCAAAGAUAUUGAGUAUACUGUGAAAAAGUUUUCGCUGUCGUUCGAGUUGCCUAACGAAUACUACAACGAUGCCUGUCGUCCGCCCAUUGCCACGGAAGGACGUCAAAGCGAUUAUCUUAUGUUACCUAAUUCAAACUUUGCGGAUAAUACAGCACGUCAACCAACCUACUUUUGUGGUCAAGGGCUGGCAGCCGGACAAGUUUUAUUGGGCUCUGGACCCUUUGUGUUGUAUUUCUCUAGCGAUGAACAAUGGAGUCCCAUAGAAACUGGUUUCAGCAUUGAAUAUCGCAUUAAAGCUUUAAGCUAA